UUGAACCCCAACCUCGAUCAACCAUGGCCAUGCAGAUCAACACAGGGGCCUCAGAGCUCAGGGACAUUACCAAAAUGGAGCGCAUAGGCGCCCACUCUCAUAUCCGUGGUCUCGGUCUUGAUGACCGGUUGGAACCUCGGGGGAAUGCCCAAGGCAUGGUUGGACAGGCCAAAGCCCGCAAGGCAGCCGGCAUGAUACUCAAGAUGGUUCAAGAGGGGCGCAUUGCCGGUCGCGCCAUGCUCUUUGCUGGCCCCCCUUCCACAGGCAAGACAGCCAUCGCAUUAGGCAUGGCUCAGACGCUUGGCUCGGAUGUUCCGUUCACAAUGAUCGCUGCGAGCGAGGUCUUCUCCCUAUCCAUGUCCAAGACGGAGGCCCUUACUCAAGCCUUUCGUCGGAGCAUUGGCAUCAGAAUCAAGGAAGAGACAGAGAUUAUCGAAGGAGAGGUCGUCGACAUCCAAAUUGACCGAAGUCUUACUGGAGCUACCAAAACCGGCAAACUUACGAUGAAAACGACGGACAUGGAGACCAUAUACGACCUCGGCACGAAAAUGAUUGACGCACUUUCCAAGGAGAAGGUUCUUGCUGGCGACGUCGUGUGCAUAGACAAAAGCUCCGGCAAAAUCUCCAAAAUUGGUCGCUCCUACGCACGCUCUCGGGAUUACGACGCAAUGGGCGCAGAUACCAAAUUCGUCCAAUGCCCGGAGGGCGAGAUACAAAAGCGCCGCGAGGUCGUACACACAGUGUCGCUUCAUGAGAUCGAUGUCAUCAACAGUAGGACACAAGGCUUCCUGGCUCUCUUUGCCGGCGACACGGGCGAGAUCAAGCCAGAGUUGCGCAAGCAGAUCGACACGAAGGUAGCCGAAUGGAGGGAAGAAGGCAAGGCUGAGAUCGUCCCAGGGGUCCUCUUCAUUGACGAAGUACAUAUGCUGGAUAUCGAAUGCUUCUCCUUCCUGAACCGCGCGCUCGAGCAAGAGUUGUCGCCUCUCGUCAUCAUGGCCUCUAAUCGUGGAAUGGCUCGCAUCCGCGGUACUAAGUUUCAAAGUCCUCAUGGACUCCCGGUCGAUCUCUUGGACCGAGUGCUCAUCGUCAGCACGAAACCUUACUCUGACGAAGACAUUGAACAAAUCAUCCAGAUUCGGUGUCAAGAAGAGGACGUCAAGCUCUCGAAAGACGCCCUGCAGGUCCUCAUCCAGACAGCAAUCGAAACGACGCUACGUUACGCACUCAAUCUGAUCUCAUGUGCGCAAGUAGUGGCGCGCAAGCGCAAAGCAGAGAUUGUUGAUACACAGGACGUGCGAAGGGCUUAUGACUACUUCAUGGACGAGAAACGAAGCGUGCAGUGGCUGAAGGAUCAGCAGGGCGCGCUGAUGUUUGAGGAGACUAGGGACAACACGACUGAAAUCAUGUAGACGAUGCUUGCCGGUCAUGUGUCGUAGUAGUGGUGUACUCGACGAGGGAGAUCAUCAUUAUGUUGUGUAUUUUACUGUCCUCUUGUAUACUAAGAGCUUUCUUCGUCUGUAAACGCGUUCGUUGGUGCGAUGCAUGAGCCAAUGCAUUCUGAGUGCUUCCAGCCAC